AUGUCAAACCAUAUGCUACAAUAUACCAUCCAUGUCAAACCACAUUCUAUAUGCCAUCUAUGUCAAACCACAUUUUAUAUACCAUCUAUGUCCAACCAUAUGCUAUAUGUCAAAACAUAUUCUAUAUAUCAUCUAUGUCAGACCAUAUCCUAUAUACUAUACAUUUCAAACCACAUUCCAUAUGCCAUCUAUGUCAAGUCAUAUUCUAUAUACUAUAUAUGUCAAACCAUAUCCUAUGGGCCACCUGUGUCAAACCAUAUGACAUAUGCCAUCUAUGUCAAACCACAUGUUAUAUACCAUCUAUAUCAAACCAUAUUAUAUAAACCAUCUAUAUCAAACCAUAUUCUAUAUACCAUCUAUGUCAAACCAUAUUCUAUAUACCAUUUAUCAUAUUCUAUAUACCUUAUAUAUCAAAGCAUAUUCUAUAUACCAAUUAUAUCAAACCAUAUGCUAUAUACCAUCUAUGUCAAACCAUAUUCUAUAUACCAUCUAUGUCAAACCAUAUUCUAUAUACUUUCUAUGUCAAACCAUAUGCUAUAUACCAUCUAUGUCAAACCAUAUUCUAUAUACCAUUUGUGUCAAACCAUAUUCUAUUUACUAUAUAUGUCAAAGCAUAUUCUAUAUACCAUCUAUGUCAAACCAUAUUCUGUAUACUAUCUAUCUCAAAUCAUAUUCUAUUCAUAUUCUAUAUUCUAUAUAUGUCAAACCACGUUCUAUAUGCCAUCUGUGUCAAACCAUAUGACAUAUACCAUCUAUGUCAAACCAUAUGCUAUAUACCAUCUAUGUCAAGUCAUAUUCUAUAUACUAUAUAUGUCAAACCAUAUGCUAUAUACCAUCUAUGUCAAGUCAUAUUCUAUAUACUAUAUAUGUCAAACCACGUUCUAUAUGCCAUCUGUGUCAAACCAUAUGACAUAUACCAUCUAUGUCAAACCAUAUGCUAUAUACCAUCUAUCAUAUUCUAUAUACCUUAUAUAUCAAAGCAUACUCUAUAUACCAAUUAUAUCAAAUCAUAUGCUAUAUAUCAAAGCAUAUGCUAUAUAUCAAAUCAUAUGCUAUAUACCAAUUAUAUCAAACCAUAUGCUAUAUAUCAAAGCAUAUUAUAUAUACCUCAUAUAUCAAAGCAUAUUCUAUAUACCAAUUAUAUCAAACCAUAUGCUAUAUAUCAAAGCAUAUUAUAUAUACCUUAUAUAUCAAAGCAUAUUCUAUAUACCAAUUAUAUCAAACCAUAUGAUAUAUACCAUCUAUGUCAAACCAAAUUUUAUAUACCAUCUAUGUCAAACCAUAUUCUACAUGCAAUCUAUUUCAAACUAUAUGACAUAUAUUAUACAUGUCAAACCACAUUCUAUAUACCAUCUAUGUCAAACCAUAUUCUAUGUGCCAUCCAUGUCAAACCAUAUUCUAUGUGCCAUCUAUGUCAAACUAUAUUCCAUAUACUAA